AUGUUUCCAGUGUUACUCAGCCGAUCUGCACCGUGUCGGGGCAUUCUGGCGACGGUCUGUCCUUGGGUAACGCGGCCUGUCUAUCUUAUGUCAGCAAAGUUCAGCAGUCAAGAACUCUUUCCGCCAGAAAAUAUUACUGAACCACAGAUACCUCCAUAUAAGGAAAGGGUGGACGAACCAACUGACUUGAAAAGGGCGAGGCUGCUGUACCAAUCACGGAAGCGUGGUAUGCUGGAGAAUGGACUUCUGCUGAGUACUUUUGCAGCGAAACAUCUCUCAAACAUGACACCAGAAUUGCUACAGCAGUACGAUCGUCUUAUCAAUUUACCAUCAAAUGACUGGGACUUAUAUUACUGGGUUACUGGUGUUAAGCCAACUCCUGCAGAGUUCGAAAAUGAUGCUAUGAAGCUGCUGAAAGAGCAUGUACAAAACAAGGAGAGACAACUACGGAUUCGCCAGCCUGACCUUGACUAA